CCCGUAACUCCGCCCCUGACGCGACUCAGCGGGACGAGUGGGGCCGGGCCAGAGGCUCGCUGAUGGACUUGGUAGUCGGGAGCGGGGCAGCAUGCAGGCGUCUCAGGGCAGCAUCCAAGCCCAGCCGGGCUGGUACGUCUCUGCCCAGCAGCCCGAGGAGGCGGCGGCUGCGGAAGAGUGGAGCCCGUUGCUAAGCAACGAACCUCGCCGGCAGGCAUCCCCGGGUGUUUCCUUUGGUUUCUCGGUCUUUAAUGUGAUGAACGCCAUCAUGGGAAGUGGCAUCCUUGGCUUGGCUUAUGUGAUGGCUAAUACCGGUAUCCUUGGAUUUAGUUUCUUGCUGCUGCUAGUUGCUUUCCUGGCUUCCUACUCAGUCCAUCUCCUGCUCAGUAUGUGCAUUCAGACAGCGGUGACUUCUUAUGAAGAUCUCGGACUCUUCGCGUUUGGAUUACCUGGAAAGGUGGUGGUUGCAGGCACCAUAAUAAUUCAGAAUAUUGGAGCUAUGUCAUCUUAUCUCUUAAUUAUUAAAACAGAGCUUCCUGCUGCUAUUUCAGAAUUCUUGUCUGGAGACCACAGUGGGUCUUGGUAUCUCGAUGGACAGACGCUGCUGCUCAUCAUCUGUGUCGGCGUCGUGUUCCCUCUUUCGCUGCUCCCCAGGAUAGGCUUUCUUGGCUACACAAGCAGUUUAUCAUUUUUCUUUAUGGUGUUCUUUGCUCUUGUGAUAGUGAUUAAAAAGUGGUCCAUCCCUUGUCCUGUGGCCCUAAGUUGCAUCAAUGGAGUGUUCCAGAUUUCCAAUGCUACAGAUGACUGUAAACCAAAGCUCUUUCAUUUCUCCAAAGAGAGUAUUUACGCCGUACCAACCAUGGCUUUUUCGUUUCUCUGCCAUACCUCAAUAUUGCCCAUUUACUGUGAGCUUCGAAGCCCCUCAAAGAAGAGAAUGCAGAAUGUGACCAAUACAGCAAUUGCUUUAAGCUUCCUGCUCUACUAUGUGUCUGCACUCUUUGGAUACCUCACUUUUUAUGACAGAGUGGAGUCGGAAUUGCUACAAGGCUAUAGUAAAUACUUGCCACAUGACGUUGUUGUCAUGGCUGUGAAGUUAUGCAUACUGUCUGCUGUGCUUUUGACAGUCCCUCUAAUCCACUUCCCUGCCAGAAAAGCUUUAAUGAUGAUACUUUUCUCAAGUUUUCCGUUUUCGUGGAUUCGGCAUUCUCUGACCACACUAGCGCUCAACAUUAUCAUUGUUUUACUUGCAAUCUAUGUUCCUGACAUUAGGAAUGUAUUUGGUGUAGUUGGUGCCAGCACAUCGACAUGCUUGAUCUUUGUGUUCCCAGGGCUGUUUUAUCUGAAACUCAGCAGAGAGGAUUUUCUCUCACGGAAGAAACUUGGGGCACUGCUCCUGCUCGUCACUGGCACCUUGGUCGGGAGCUUCAGUUUAGCGCUCAUCAUUUUUGACUGGGUCAACAAUGAGAAACAUAAUUUUCUAUCAUAAAGAAUAAUUUACCUCUAUAAGCAAGAAGGAGUCAUUGUGGAAGGCAUUGGAUAUGAAAAUUACACUCAGGGAAAUUAUUACCAGCAAAGCAGGACAGAGCCGCAGUAUGGGGCAGAAAGUUGGCAUUUAGUCACUUUUUUAAACCCAAAAUUAGAAAAACUCACAAUGUUCUUACAUACAUUGAGUCAUUCUUUUGUGUGGCAGUUUUGUUUUGUUUCAUUUUUGAGACAGGAUCUCAAAGCUUUGACCAGGCUGGCCUUGAACUCACAGCUGUCCGCCUGCUGCUGCUUCACGAGUGCUGGCGUUAAAGGUGUAUGCCACCAGCCUGGAGCAUUCCUGCCAUUUGUGACUUUAAAAAAAUAAGUAGCCUUUAUUUUUUUAAAAUAGUUUUAUGUUUCCAGGCAUAUUGAGUAAACAAAAUAAGGGAUUCCAUGUGACUCCCUACCCCAGUCUCCAGCUUUCCCUGAUAAGGACGCCUGGUGUCAGGAGAGCACACGUUAUAUAUGCCCAGGGGUGCUAAAGGUCGGUGAGGGUUUGCUCUUGGCCACCACUGAUCUUUUGACUAGAAGGCCAUGAUUGGGAUCAUGUAGGACCGCGUGUCAUGUUGAGACUGACUUCCUUGAUUUAAUAGCUCGUUUCCUCUUCAUUCUGAAUAAUAUCCCAUCAUAGGGAUGAAUCAAGUUUGUUGAUCCACUCACCCUUGGAAGACCUUCCUACUGCUUCCAGGUUUUGCCAACAAUCAAUAAAGGUGCUAAAACUGUU